AUGAGCCAUCCUUACGCUCCCGCCGCGACCUAUGAUGGGAGCGACCACGGCCUCCAGCGCAAGGGCUCCGUGAAGGCCGCCAGGGAACGUGCCCAGGCCGAGCAGGCCCAGUACCUCAGCGCCGACUACUAUGGCCAACCAUCGCGCCCGCCGCUGCCCACGUCGCAGUACAAUGUCCGUCCACCCACGCGCCCCGAGGCCAAUCUUACCCCACCCUCCAGUUCCGGCCGGGAAUUGUCGCCCUCGCCCGGCCCCAACUGGCCUCUGGCUGACGACAGCCAGCCCGCCCAGGAUAGCCCCCCCCGUCAAAAGGGCCCGCCGCCCCAGCGCCCGCCGCGCCCGUCGUACGUCCCUUCCAUCUUGGAUCCCACCCGGCCGGACCCUACGCUGCUCGCUCCGCCCCUCCCACGGACUCCCGGCAACAGGCGCAGGGAGCCUGAGCCCGAGCCAGUCUCGCCCUCCGAGUACGAUGACCAGCUGCUCUCCCCGACCUCCUACUAUCCGUCUCCCAAUGAGCAUCGUCCAAUAACCACCUCGUCCAUAAACUCGGUCUCGUCGCUUGGAUCAAUCCCCGAUUUCCCCGUCCCUAACAUGCCUCAAUCCCGGAAAAGCCAGAGCCUCGGGCCCCCGCCGUCUGCCAGAAGAGGCCCUUCAUCGUACUACUCACAGCAGUCCUUCGUUUCGCCCAUUGUCGAGGAGGCCGAGUCGCAUAGGUCGCGCACUUCCCGUAACUCGCAUAAUUCCUUCGCUUCCAGCAAUGUGAUUCCCAACGCCGAUGGUUUCUAUUUCGACGAGGACGCAACUCCUUCCGAUGACGACAUGCCCAUGGCCAGCCCCUCGACCAUUACUGGUAGCGACCGGUCCUCGCGGGUGACGGACGACGGUGAUCAAGCUGGGCUGGUCAGACAUGCCAGUCUUGGCAAGAGGGGGAAGCCGUCGUUAACGACCAUCAAGAGCGUGGACAGCUUCGACAGGAUAAUAAGGAACAACGAAAAGCAAAAAAAGAGCGCCGUAGGACAGGGCAUCAUGGCAGCUGGCGCUGCAGGUGGUGCAUUUGCUGCUGGAUACGGCAAUUCCCGGGACCCCGCUCAACGGUCGUCUUCAAGACCUGACAGUGAGGCGCUGAGCAGCGGGACCGGCCUGUUCCCACCGUCGGCCACAGAAUCUUCGGAAUCAGUGAAUACGAUGGGAUUUCAGAGGCCGAUGAAGUCAUCUCCUCUGGCCCGCUCCCUGGACAAUAGUCCUGAUUCUCCCAUCGACCCGAGGGUGAAUCAAAUCUUGGGCGGUUUGGAAAAGGGUGGAGCGCUUGGGGCAGGCUACAGCAAUCCGAAGAGAGGACCGUCACUGGCUGACCGUGUCGGGGCUCGGCGCCCGCCCCGUUUGAACGUCGAUGCUGUUCGAGACGCCGAGGCUCGCGGGAGUCUGACCAGCCUGCCUGACCUAAUCAGACGCGCUACCCGUCUCGCUUCGAAUCUCGACCGCGGCAAGACGGCAAGUCGGAUGGACAUGGAAAUGUGGGAAAAGGGCGGAGGCGACAAAGCUUGGGAGGCCGGACAACGGAGAGCAUCUUCACUUUCCGACAUCCUCACCUCGUUUCCCCAUCCAGGCAUUGGUACACCAACCGGCGAAAGAUACGGAUCGCGGCCCGUUUCUCGCUGGCCCUCCGGACUCGGUCAGUACGAACAGCACCACGACUACCCGGAAGGCAAGCCGCAAGACAAGAAAAAGCAAGGCAGGCGAUGCUGCGGCAUGCCUCUCUGGUGCUUCAUCAUCCUCAUGCUAAUUCUCGUCCUGCUGGUCGCCGCCGCUAUCAUCGUCCCCGUUGUUUUGAUCGUCCUUCCAAAGCAGAACGGUGGCGAUGGCAGCUCCAGUGCGGAUUCAGCCCUCGCCCAAUGCCAGCAAACGUACGCUUGCGAGAACGGAGGUAGCAGCGUCGUCAAUCCGAGUGGCCACUGCAGCUGCGUGUGUGUCAACGGUUUCACGGGCGAUCGUUGCGCUACGGAAUCCGAGGAGGGCUGCACGACCACAACCGUCGGAGGAAAGAACGCCACGAUUGGUUCUGCUGUGCCGUCGCUCAUCUCGACCGCGUCGGACUCGUUCCAGAUUUCGCUCAGCGGAACUGAGCUGCUCUCCCUGUUUUCGUCCAACAACCUGAGCUGCACAGCCGAAAACGCGCUGGUGACCUUCAGCGGGGUUUCGACCAAGAAGCGUUCCAUCGACCUGCCUCCUCCCGCCCCGAUGCCAGUUGUCGAGGUUGCACAGCAGAAUGGAUCCAAGCCUGGCAAUGGCCUUCCUUCGACCUCGUCCACUCCGUCCGUUCCGACCGUCACCCCUGCCCCUGAGCUGAAGCUCCGGCUCGCUCGCGACGACUCCUCCGACGCCGACGACGCCGCGACCAAGUACGGUAUCGUAUACGACUCUUCCCCGGCCAGCAGCAAUGUGUACUACAGCUCCUAUUCCUCGACGGCGACUGGAUCCGCCGCUGCCUCGGCCACGACAUCAGCCCUCUCGGUCAGCAAGAAGCGACUGCAGUUCGCACGCAUCGGUGUCCUUUUCGUGUUGCAGGAGAGCAAUGAUCUGUCCAAAGCCCUCACAGCGCAGGAAAACCUCCAGACAUACUUCAAAGAGUUCGAAGAGGGUGACGACGCCGCAACGUCGGCCACUGCAGUCAGCUUAGGCAACAGCUUUGCCAUCGAUCUCAGCCAGUGGCAUAUCACAUUACCAAAUGGUACGCAUGUGGGGCACCUGGUUGAGUAA